AAACAAACCAGAAAAGCUAAAAUUCAGCAAAAAAAAAGGAUGGAUUUGCGAAAUUGUCGGCAAAUAUAAGCAAAAUCAUUCUACUGGUUUGAUGAUAGAACCCCUUUUAGUGAAUUGCUUUAAUCUUGAUGAAUAUCUUUUGCCUUUUGAGGGAUUCAGUGCAAUUAAAAAGGAUUUUAAAAAUACAUAUAAAAGGAAUUUAUUAUUAAUCACGUCUAUCAAAGUAACAACCCGCAGUUCAUUCAGUUAUUGCUCCAAUCCCUGAGGAGAUGGACGCCUGCAGGCUUGUCAACCUGUUCAACUACCUGCUGGUAGGCAACGUCCGAAUCGUUCGCCGUUACCAUCGACUGUGCGCCGUACCAUCGAGAACGCUGCGGAAUUUCUGCACCCUGCUAACCAUGGCCCUGGUUACCGCCUACUUUGGCAUGGUCCGGAUGCGAAUGUUUUCAAAUGUGCUUAUUUUUUCCGACGUUUCUACGGUUGCAUUCCUGCUGAUGCACCUGAUGAUCAUCUUCGUGCAGAUCUCGUCGAUCCUGGCAAGCGUGCGCAAUCGAACGUGUCUUGCGCAACUCUUUCAAAAGAUCAUCGACUUUGGGAGCAACGCUCCCUUUGACCGUGAGCUGGCAAUGAACUUCCCGCGUUUGAUACACCAGCAGUGUCGACGAAGCAACUACGGCUGGAUCAAGCUGGAGCUGGGAACGUUGACGUGCAUUGCGAUUCUGAUGGCCUCUCGAGGUUUUGGCGUCUUUCUAAUGUUUCCGGGUACCACCGGCCUUGCCAUGAUCGGACGAAUCAUGCUGGAGUACAAUCUGUACACCAGGCUCGUCUUUGGUCAACUGAUGGUGGAGAUGCUAGCGGUGCGCUUUGAAGCGUUGUGA